GGUAAACCAAGAAGAUGGAGUGGAGGAGGGAACCAGCGAUGUGCAGAAUGGCCAUUUGGAUCCAAGUGCCGACUGCCUCUGUCUCGGCAGGAGCGUUCAGAACCGAGACCAGAUGAGAGCCAAUGUCAUCAAUGAAAUCAUGAGCACGGAGCGCCACUACAUCAAGCACCUCAAGGACAUUUGUGACGGUUACUUAAAGCAGUGCCGGAAGAGAAGGGAUAUGUUCAGUGACGAACAGCUAAAAAUCAUCUUUGGUAACAUUGAAGAUAUCUACAGAUUUCAGAUGGGUUUUGUCCGGGACUUGGAGAAACAGUACAACAACGAGGACCCCCAUCUCAGUGAAAUUGGACCAUGUUUCCUUGAACACCAAGAUGGCUUCUGGAUCUAUUCAGAGUACUGUAACAAUCAUUUGGAUGCAUGCAUGGAGCUUUCCAAGCUGAUGAAAGAUAGCAGGUACCAGCAUUUCUUCGAAGCAUGUCGUCUGUUGCAGCAGAUGAUUGAUAUUGCCAUAGACGGUUUCCUUCUGACGCCAGUGCAGAAGAUCUGCAAAUACCCCCUGCAGCUCGCAGAGCUACUGAAGUACACCGCGCAGGAUCACAGUGACUACCGGUAUGUGGCUGCUGCUCUCGCUGUCAUGAGGAACGUGACUCUACAGAUCAACGAGCGGAAGCGGAGAUUGGAGAACAUUGACAAGAUAGCUCAGUGGCAGGCCUCUGUUCUGGACUGGGAGGGAGACGAUAUCUUGGACCGCAGCUCAGAGUUGAUCUACACGGGAGAGAUGUCCUGGAUUUACCAGCCUUAUGGACGGAACCAGCAGCGUGUUUUCUUUCUCUUUGAUCACCAGAUGGUUCUCUGCAAGAAGGAUCUGAUACGAAGAGACAUUCUGUAUUAUAAAGGUCGCAUAGACAUGGAUAAAUAUGAAGUAGUGGAUACAGAAGACGGGAGAGAUGAUGACUUCAAUGUCAGCAUGAAGAAUGCCUUCAAACUUCAUAACAAGGAGACUGAGGAAAUGCACUUAUUCUUUGCCAAGAAACUGGAAGAGAAGUUACGAUGGCUUAGAGCUUUCAGAGAAGAAAGGAAGAUGGUAAAAGAAGAUGAAAAGAUAGGCUUUGAAAUUUCUGAAAAUCAAAAGCGGCAAGCGGCAAUGACUGUAAAGAAAGUCAGUAAGCAAAAAGGUGUGAGCUACUCCAAGUCGGUUCCUCCAGCCUACCCACCACCCCAGGAUCCAUUAAAUCAGGGACAAUACAUGGUGACAGAUGGCAUAUCCCAGUCCCAGGUCUUCGAGUUCACCGAACCCAGACGCAGCCAGGCCCCGUUCUGGCAAAACUUCAGCAGGUUAACACCAUUCAAAAAAUAAUACCUAGAGAGAUGGAGGAUCUCAACUUAAAAGAACUAAGCAAUUAAAAAUAAAAAAUAAGCAAAGCUAUA